GGAUGUAUACUUUUAUUGUUUAUUUUAGUUUUUAAAUAGUUUUUUUAUGUCUAUAUGAUUUUAUUACUAUUUAUUUAUUUUAGUGCAACAAGUUAAACCAAAUUUAAUGUUGCUUUGGCAACUAGCUAAUAUAAGUUAACAUUUUUAUUAUUUUAUUUCAGUUAACAAUUUAUUUAUAAUAGUGACAUAUAAAAUCAGCCCCUUUAUUACAAUCACCCGCAAACUCACAUUCAGAUCUGCCUCCAUCUGCCUCCAAGUCCUUAACAUUUUAUUGUUUUUUUUGAUAAUCCGUUUAAAUUGGAUGUACGUCACUAUUUGAAAGAUCUGUCAGUCUGUUACAUCACCACUUUUAUACUUUAUACCUGCUGUCUGCUGCUUCGUGUAGUCUGCCAUAUAGACUAUAGUUGUAUGUUGUAUGGCUGUGUUAUCUUGUGAUUUGUAAAUGCCCCUAAGGAUCAGCAUGUUUAAGAAUUCCAUUGAGCAUAUUGCAAACAAUGUACCCUGCUCUCCACUACUGCAAACACAGUUUAGUACAUAUUUUUUCUUCCUUGAUAGACUGGGAAGAAUUCUCAUCUCCAGAUUUUAAAAUUUAAUCUGCACAGAAACCAUAGAGAUUUCAGAAUGAAACUGUGAAAGCAUAAAAGAGAGAUGCUGACAACUUGUUUAGCAAAAUAAAUGUAGCACUAUUUAUGCUGCCAAAAAUAUUUACAGGAGAUUUAAUGGGUUUUAUCUGAUUUAUAAAAGAAAGAUACAUCUCUUCUUUAUAAAAGGCCAGUCAUGAGCACUUUUUUUAUGAUGGAUUGGCACCGUUUAUUGGACUUCUAUUGGACUAUUGAAUAUCAACUAUUCAUUGCCAUUAUAAAACUUGGAAGAGCCAGAACAUUUUGAAAUAUAACUCAGAUUAUAUUCAUCUGAAAAAAGAAAUUCAUAAACACUUAUGGCCUGAGGGUAAGUAAAUCAUGGUGUAAUUUAAAUUUUUGGGUGAACUAUCCCAUUAACGCUGAGGUUUUUUGGAAGCUGAACAAGGUUAUCUUUCCCUCACAACCAAAAACACACUUCUUUGAUUCCGUCCUUUAUGAUGUCAAGCCGGCUCAUACUCAAAAAAAUUCUGAAACUUAUAUAAUCCCUGAAGGAGAGUAAUUGGCAAAGAAAUACUCCACCAUACAUCCAAUUAGUUUUUUUAAACUAAGCCAUGUUUGCAUGAGGAUCCAACUCAGAGAAAAUAAGUCAGAAUUCAUCAAAUAGCAUUAGAUCUCCCCUUUAGCUACAGUUAACACAUACAUCAUGAACCCUUUCAGUCCCUUUCCAUUUUACAUAGGCUUUCUGAAAUUUCUGGAGCUUGCUAUUCACAGAAUAAACUGCUUCAGGACAUUAGUCACAAAAAUAUUACCAGAAUAUAAAAUUUAAACCAUCUCUCUGAGGGCAAAAAAAAUACAUCCAAGAAUUGAUGCUUGAACUGAAUCAGGGCCUAUUGUUUAGAGAGUCUGACUUGUAACCCGAAGGUUGAGGGUUCGAGUCCCAAGUCCGGCAGGUAUUGUAGGUAGGUGGUGGGAGUGAAUGACCAGUGCUCUCUUUCACCCUAAAUACCACGAGAAAGGUGAGACCCUUGAGUCAGACACCCAACCCCCAACUGCUCCCAGGGCGCCACAACAAUAUGGCUGACCACCAUAGGUGCGGGAAGUGGGGGUGCUGAGUGUGCUGCAGCACCCCCGUUUUUUUUUUACUGCUUUGCUGGUCAAGUGUUUAACAAAAAAAUUUUUACAAAUCAGAGUGUCUAUUUUACAGUAAGUGCAAAUACUCUGCCUUGUUGGUAGAUGGUAAAGCCUAUUUUUAUACUCUUUUUGACGUGAUCAACCAGGGUUCGAUUCUGCCUUUUGCCAAACUUUUUUUCCUCUUUUCAAGUGCCAUCAGAAAAGCAUUUCUUUUUUGUGUGUAAAUAAUCCAUUUUUUAAAAUAAAGUAUCAGGUAGGGUUAGUGUAGGUGGCAUCCAUUUAAUAAUUUGAGCUCAAAAUUUACAUUUAUACUCAGAAACUAAUUAUACAGUACAGUAUACUUUUUAAUAAUGUAUUACAAUGCUGAGGUGCAGAUAACUGCCACUAUUUGCAAUAGGUAAGGAGCAGAAUAUCCUGCUAUAUUGACAUAGUAUAAAUAUAAUCUAGCUAUUUUCAGUCUGCAUAGCAUAUCACACAAAAAAAAUAAUCCUGCUUUUUCACUUGGUGAAUGUUACGAUGAACAAGUCAGAGACGUUCGGAUCCAGUUGCAGCAUUUAUUAAACUGAAUGGUCAGGCAGAAAUCAGGAAUGGCGUCAGUUAUGUCAGGGAUAACCAGAAACAAGCAGAGAUCGGGGCAGGCAGCAGAGAAUCAGAGUCGGAAUACACAUUCCAAAGGUCAAACACGGGAAUAACAAACACAGGGAAAAAUGCUCAGAAAUGCCUAACAGGGCUAAACAAGACUCCAUAGUAACUGCGAGUGAUUGUGCUGCUUAAAUAUGUGUCUGUGUAUUAGCUGCAGCUGUGUGUGUCUAAUAGGCUGAUGAAUGAGGUGCAGGUGUGGCUAGGUGAUUGUGAUGCAUUGACUCAUGGGGAAUGUAGUUCGGGUGUGGUGCAACAGGAUGAAAGGUGCUAGUGUCCAAGUGAUUAUGGUGACAUCUGGUGGUUGAUGGAAAGAGAAGAUGUCAGGGUCAUGAGUGGAGUGCCCUAUAUAAGAGUUCAUGGGCACUCCAGCUGAUGAUCAUAACAGUGUACAUAGCAUCUAUCUCUAAGAAAAUGUGCUGUUUUCAAUAGUGUAAAUAGGAUCUAUAUCGUUCAAAAAAACACUGCUCCGGGUGUGUGUUUUCACUAAUGUAUUUCUGCAGUUGGAUGGGUUAAAAGCAGAGCACAAUUUCCAAGUAUGGGUCAUUAUACUUGGCCACAUGUCACUUCACUUUCGAAUUGAGGUGAUUGCUAUUGUCUUCUGUAGAGUUGCUUUACAACUAAACAUUACCUUGUUUCAUAAUGGAUGAACUUGGUAACAUCAAUACUGAUAAAACUAAACUUAAAUAACAUUGAACUGACUUGAGCUGAAUGAUGACACUAUUAUCUUCCGCUUCUGUAGAGCUUUACAACUGAAAUUGAAGGUGUUUCAUAACUGAUGAACUUUGCAAGACUGUUAUUUUCCUUUUUUUUGUGAAGCUAAUUUAAAACAGUCAGAAUCUGACAUUAAUAUUGUAUAAAGUGCUUUAUAAUUUUUUUUUAACUUGAUUUGACAUCUCAGUGCACUGACUUUAUCCAGUGAACACCAGAUGGCGCAAGCAAACAACUGUUUCCAGUGCUGGUGUCUCUAAUGCAGCAGUGGUAGGGCCACAUCACUCCACAUUUGCAUCUCUGUUUCUUUGUAUGCAUAAUGGGAGCAUUAGUCUCCUUGUUAUGCUAAAUUAAUAACAUAUGAACCAACAUGUGGGAGAGAUCUGCCACCAAUGUGACAAAAACAAAAGCAUAAAUGAUGAAUAGCAAACAAAAAUGCUGUCCUGACAAAAUGAUUCAUGUGUAGGUCAAAGGGCACAGAGGUCAGAUACUGUACUUAAGGCUGCAGGACACCACAGAGGAUACAAACUAUUUAUGCCUGUGACUAUAAUCAAAAGCCUUUCAAAUAGACACAUCGGCACCUGCAAAAGCUUUACUCACAGAAAAACAACACAAACAUACUCAUGCAAAUUAAGUUUUCUGUCACUCAGUUUGCUUGAGUGUGGAGAUUUGUGGAUUAUUAUGACAUUACAUACUCAACAGAUUGAAAAAAUGUUUUGUUUUGGGAUUUCAAAGCAUAGUUUAGACUCAUGCCAUCCGGCCCAUGGACCUACAGUAGAUUUCAUCUGUUUAUGUGUGUGGAGUGAAGAGCUCUGGUUCUAAUUUUGGCUUUACUUUACAGACAAAAAGAUUUACAGGCCAAAGAAAGAGAUGGAGGAACGCAGUACAAAGUAGGAGGAGAGAAAAGAGAGAGUUUAGGCUUGCACUGUUUUUAGAUGUUGCUCACAGUCCAUGUGUGUGUGUGUGUGUGUGUGUGUGUUUGGUGUGUCCAUACUGUUAAUGGAUCUGCUAAUUAAGGACUUCUCAGGUGAAGCCAGAAAAAGCAGGAGAGGAAAUGGAGGAGAAGAGAGCCAGGUAAGAGGAGCUGGUAGAAAUAUUUUAUCAACUGAAGAGAGAAGAUGGGGGGGAAAUAAGACAAACCUAAAGGAGGAGCAGAGAGAAAAGAAAGGUAUGUGGCUGCCUGAUAGUAUGAAAGGGAAUACAGAGAGAGAAAGAGUAAAAGAAGAAGGCAAAGUGAUUAAAUAGCAAGGAAAGAGAGAACUAAGAGAGGAGAGACUCUGGUAAGAAUUUUUACACCAAUUAAAAGAAAUGGCAAAGGAAUAAAAAGGGUGAUUCUGUCAGGACGACUGCUCUGUUAAAGUAACUCUAUCUGCUCUGAGCCGUAACAUACAGUAAUGACUUCCCAGUGAUGGGGCCACUCCAUUCUACACACACACACGCACACACACACACGCACAGAGAGAGACACUUCUAAUGGGCACUCUGGGGCUUAUACACAAUACUGAGACUACUGUGAGUUAUUUAACGAAGACGCAGAUGAGACAGAAUCAGCUUUGAUCAAGAUUUGUGCUUUUCUUUUAUCUUGACAUUUAUAAGUAUGAUCUCUUUUUUUUUGGACAUCAGGUUAUGAUCAUGUGGCUCUUAACGUGGAUGUUGUUUUUUCUGUAUGUCUUGUGCAGUGUUCAUUAUGUCUGUGCUUUCUUGAAGAACAUCUCUCACGAUAUCCUCAAGAAGAUUCAGAUCUUUGGGAGAUAAUGGUUCAAUUUUAAACACAGUCCCCGUUCCCUUAUACUCAUUCUGGAAAGUUUUUGUUUUGAGGAACAAACUUUUUAUGCAUCUGAGUGCAUUCUGGCACUUUAAAAGUCACCUGUUGAACGCAUGUUUCAGAUCCAUAAACGUCCUUCCAUGAGCCAUGAAUCUGAUCUGUCAUCUGUUGUUCAUGACAAUUACCCUUCAUCUUGGCGUCAAGGGUGGAAGAGCCCAGCGUAAACAGAGGCAGGCUGAAGAGAAGUUGAGGCCUUAUUUGGGCAGAGUGGAUCCAGAAUCCCUGUGUAAAUUGUUGAAAUGUCACAGUCCUAUUGGUUCCUGGUGCCAAGUAGUGAAAGAGGGUGGAGUUCUCACUCCUAAAUGUGUGUGUCCAAAGACCUGCCAACAGCAGGGGGCAGCAGUGUGCAGCGUUAUGGGCAAGACGUACAGCAACGACUGUCUUCUUCACAAGGAGGCCUGCCGUAAAAAACGACGCAUUGGCAAGGCACAUAAUGGAGCUUGUCUUGUGAGCGAGGCUGAGUGCUCUGAGGAAGAGUUCGGUCAGUUCCCGUACCGUCUGCAGGACUGGUUCUUACUCCUCAGCAGAAUGGGAGAGAAAUACACACCAGCCGCUCCUUCUCAAAUCUGCCUCACACACACCCAGCGAAUCCAACUCGCAGAGAGAAGGUUUGUUCUGUUGGAUCGUAACCAGGACGGGAAGUUAAGCAGGAGAGAUCUGAGAAAGCUUCGCUAUAAGCGGAUGCCACUGGAGCACUGCGCUCAAAGAUUCUUCCAGUCAUGUGACAAGAACAAAAAUAAGGAGGUGACCCUAAGGGAGUGGACAUCCUGUCUGGUUGACCGGUCGGAGCGCUGGUUUCAGGAUUUCAUGUCCAUGAAGAUGGGCUCACCAAAGCUGUGUCUUGCCCCAGAAAGCACCCUCUAAAUACCUUUAGAUGCUUUAUCCAGGUGGAAUUUUUUUAAACCUUAUCAGCUGGACUCAUGAAUUUUAAUAAACUAGGUGACAUGACAAUUA